AUGCCUUCAGCUCUUAUUUUCGGUGGCUCUGGACAAUUAGCAAAGUUCAUCACAGAGCGCCUGGUGAAGAAGGACUAUAUAGUGUAUUCUGUCAUUCGACGGGAAGAACACGUCCUCGGCCUUCGUGGACUUGGUGCAACACCUAUCAUUCAAUCUCUGGAAGACUCGACAGUGGCUGAGCUUGCUCAAGUCAUUAAGUCGUCUGUCCCAGAUGUGAUUAUCUUCGCAGCAGGUGGCGGUUGGCGAGCAUUUAAAGAUCCAAGCUUCAACAGUAUUGUCGAUCACGAUGGCGCUAUCAAAGUCUUUGAUGCAAUGGUCAAUGCUGGUUGUACCAAACGUCUUAUCACGAUCUCGACAAUCGAUACUAGGAAUCGCAGCAAGCCAAGACCAUCUUGGUAUAACGAUGAGGACCAGAAAGUCAGUGAUGAUUUAUGGGCUAUGUUACCCCGGUAUAUGGAAGCCAAGUUCGAGGCCGACAAAGAUCUUGUGGAAGAGAACACGAGAAGAGCUUUAGACUAUACCAUAGUUCGACCUACGUGGUAUAAUGAAGGAGGAUGGACAGGAAGGAUAAAGGCCGGAAAGGCUGGUACAUCGCCUAAAGUGAACAGGGAGGAUGUGGCUGAUGUAUUCGUGGCUUGUAUAGAGAACCAUGCUACUAUUGGCCUGGUGUUUGAGGUGACAGGAGGUGACAUCCCAGUGGAGGAGGCUGUACGACAUGUCGCUGAGGAGAAGGUUGAUUCCUUUGAUGAAAUCUAUCGAUAA